AUGGCUGCCGUCUCCGACAACGAUAUCAUUGCGCGUCUCGGCAAGCUGAGCAUCUCGGCCCCUGAGGUGCUCAAGCACGCCGCCGUCUCUGGCGGUGCCGAGUGGCGCGCCGAGCUCGACAAGGCCGGUAAGGCCGGUGUUCCCCUCACCAAGACUCUCCUUUUCAAGCCCAAGCAGCCCAAGAGCGCUGAGCCCACCCCCGUCCUCGUUAUCGCCAAGGAGGAAACCGAGACUUCGUCCGGUGCGAUCGGCGGUGCCCUUGGCCUCAAGGACCUUCGGCUUGCCAACGAGGACCUCAUCAAGCAGGUCGUCCCCUCUGCCGCGUCCAAGGACGACGUCUCCGCGCUCCCCCUUCCCGCCCCCGUUCCCUCCACCCUCUUCGUCGUCCUCGACUCGGCCCUCGCCUCGUCGUCUGACGCGUUCGCCCUCCACCUCACCUCGUCAGCUUCGACCGUGCUUCUGAAGGGCACUGAAAUCAAGGCCUACCUCCAGUCGCUGACCGCUACCCCCGACGCUGUGCGGGUCCUUGACUUUGCCGAGCUCAAGGCCAACGCCCCCGCUCCCGUUGCCCGCGCUCCUAAGGAGAAGAAGGAGGCUGCGCCCAAGAAGGAGGUUCCCAAGAAGGACGACGACCUCUACGAGAUGGCUAUCCAGUACAAGAAGGACGAGGACUUCCCGGGCUGGUACACCGACGUGCUCAUCAAGGGUGAGAUGCUCGACUACUACGACAUCUCGGGCUGCUACAUUCUCCGCCCCCCUUCGUACCACAUCUGGCAGGACGUUACGGCCUUCUUCGACGGCGAGAUCAAGAAGCUCGGCGUUCAAGACUGCUACUUCCCCAUGUUUGUGUCCAAGGCGCGUCUUGAGAAGGAGAAGGACCACAUUGAGGGCUUCGCCCCCGAGGUCGCCUGGGUGACCAAGGCCGGCAAGUCGGACCUCGAGGAGCACAUCGCCAUCCGCCCCACCUCCGAGACCGUCAUGUACCCCUACUACGCCAAGUGGAUCAAGUCGCACCGUGACCUUCCCCUCAAGCUCAACCAGUGGAACUCGGUCGUCCGUUGGGAGUUCAAGAACCCCCAGCCCUUCCUCCGCACCCGCGAGUUCCUGUGGCAGGAGGGCCACACCGCCCACCUCGACAAGGCUGGCGCCGACCAGGAGGUUCUCGACAUCCUCGAGCUCUACCGCCAGGUCUACACCGACCUUCUCGCUGUUCCCGUUGUUCCCGGUAAGAAGUCGGAGAACGAGAAGUUCGCCGGCGCCGAUUACACCACCACCGUCGAGGGCUUCAUUCCCACUACUGGCCGUGGUAUCCAGGGCGCGACCUCGCACCACCUUGGCCAGAACUUCUCCAAGAUGUUCGACAUCAACGUUGAGGACCCCAACGCCGACCGCUCGGACCCCAACGCCAUCACCAAGAUCAACGUGUUCCAGAACUCGUGGGGUCUCUCGACCCGCUCGAUUGGUGUCAUGGUCAUGAUCCACGGUGACGACCAGGGUCUCGUCUUCCCCCCCAAGGUUGCGCUCCACCAGGUCGUUGUCAUCCCCGUCGGUCUCUCCAAGGUCGAGGGCCAGAACAAGACCAUCUACGACGCGUGCCAGAAGCUCGCAGACGAGCUCAGCGCCGGCGGCGUCCGCGCCACCGUCGACCUCCGUGACGGCUACACUCCGGGCUGGAAGUUCAACGACUGGGAGAUGCGCGGCACUCCCCUCCGUCUCGAGCUUGGCCCUCGCGACCUUGCCUCCAAGUCGGCGCUCGCUGUCCGCCGUUACGACAACAACAAGAGCUCGAUGCCCCUCGACAACAUCGUCGACAGCGUCAAGAGCACUCUCGUGGACAUCCAGAAGAGUAUGUACGAGAACGCCAAGGCCAAGAUGGACAAGCACAUCAUCCCCGUCACCGAGUGGAAGGACGUCACCCCCACGCUCGAUGCCAAGAACAUCCUCGCCAUCCCCUGGUGCGAGGACCCUCAGUGCGAGGACGACCUCAAGGACCGCUCGCGCGCCGAGGCCGAGGCUGCCCGUGGCCAGGCUGAGGACUCGAAGGCUCCCUCUUCCGGUGCCAAGUCGCUCUGUAUUCCCUUCGACCAGCAGCGCUUCGGCCCCUUCCCCCAGGGCGAGAAGCAGUGCUGCCCCCAGUGUGGCAAGAAGGCGUCCAAGUGGACGCUGUUCGGCCGCUCGUACUAA